UCGCCGCCCUGCAGCGUCUGUCUGCGGGAACGGGCGAACUUAUCGAGCACGGCUGGCUGGCUGGCUGGCGGAGGAGCCGACAGGGGGGGACGAAAGGACUAGACUGUGGAAACGCGUUGCGUUACAGCGAGCUAGCGAUACACAAGUGCUUUAGAAGUGAAGUGUAGGACCGUGCCUCUGUGUUUUCGCUCAGUUUUUAGUCGGUGGUGUGUGUUUAGGAGUGUUAUCUCGCUGUUAAAGGCCCCGGUUUUGGCUUGGAGUCAAACGCGGAGCCGCUCAGACCGACCCCCCUCCUCUUCUCUCUUCUGCUGCUGCUGCUGCUCCGCUCAUGUCUGUCGGGCUUGUUCGGAAAGAUUCGGGGCGAGGAGCUCGACGAUUUGUGGAUUUCUGGCAGAUUUUGGGAAGAUAGCGGACUUGAUAGACUUCUUCUUUGUCGUGUUUUUUUUUUAAACAUAAGCCUGUGUCCUAAAUAAUUGUUGGAACGUAAGUGUUUAAAAAAAGAAGCUGCCAAAUGUGUGUUAGGUACUAUCGUUAAGCUAGCUAACCUAGCUAGCUAGCUGUUCGUUGCUAGUUAAAUUGGCUAGCAAAGCUAGCUGUUCGUUGCUAGUCAGCUAACUAACAUAGCUAGCUGUUUGUUGCUAGGUUAGCUAACCUAAUCUACCUAGUUAGCUACCUAGCAACGCUAGUUUACCACAAUCUCAACGUUCCCAGAAAUGGACUGUCGGGACUGUUAUCGGGGAACUGAGACACACUGCGGGGACUGUAGCGUUAUGUGGUGAAAUUUAGAUUAUUUAGGAACUGUUUACCGGUUGUUGUCAUACUAAAGAUCUAAUCCAGGUUAUGUGUGAGGUCUAUAUAUAGUUAGUUAACUAACUAAAGCAGAGACGCGCUGUUGUUUAUGGUGGUUUAUGGUCUCUAUUUUGGUGAUUUCUGGACAGCAGCGGAUUCUUCGCUGAAGGUAGCUUUAGCCAAGAAAUAACAUUUAACGACGUUGAAAUGGCGAUUAAAUGUAACGUUAGUUAACGCCAGUUAACCUUAGCUACUUGGAGAAGUCUCUCUCUCACACACACACACAUACACACACGAAGUGACUCACAGCUCUCGGUGCUAGUUAGCUGGUUAAACUUUAAACCGAUUAAAGUUAACCCUAGUUGACUAACGUUACUUGGUUCUGGUUCUGAAAGCCGGGGAGAAAAAGAAAACCAUGCCUCGCCCGUUCACUCUCACACCGCACUGCUGCUCCGCUCCUGCUGGACUCUUCCCUCCCAGCGAAUGAGCUCGGAUACCCCACUGGAAAUAAGGACGAGAAGAGGAGGAAGAAGAAUACGAGCGGGGAACGCAGCUGCUUAAAACUUAAAGCAGUGUCCCAACAGUUUAAUAAGGAGGAAUAAAGCAUGAAGGCUAUGGCAGUGUUGGGCCGGGUGUCUGUUCUGGCGCUUGGGCUGUGUGCCGUGCUGCUGCUGAGUCCCGUGGCUGCUGCUCAGAGUGAGGAGAGAGAAUGUGCCUUUAAUGACCAGCAUCAGCAGUUUGACGAGCAGAGUGUGGCCGGUGAUUGGCACGUUUCGCGGGAGAACAACACCAUCCUGUGCAGCAAAAGCAGCCGCUGCUAUGGCCUCUGGGAAAAAACCCACGACGGCGACAUUCGGCUGGUCAAACAAGGCUGCUGGACUUAUAUCGGCGAUCAUCAGGACUGCCAUGAUGACCGUUGCGUGGUGACCACCACACCAUCACAGAUCCAGAAUGGCACCUACCGUUUCUGCUGCUGCAGCACAAACAUGUGCAACGUCAACUUCACAGAGAACUGGGUUCCCAGCCCUACCAGCGCCACCAUAUUGGACCCAAGACCUCUGUACCGUGAGGAGGCCAUCUUCAUCGCCCUGGCCUCUGUCUCCAUAGUAGCUGUGCUCAUCGUUGCACUCUUCUUUGGCUACCGCAUGCUGACAGGAGACCGUAAACAGGGCCUGCACAACAUGGACAUGAUGGAGGCGGCAGCAUCUGAGCCCUCUCUGGAUUUAGACAAUCUGAAGCUGCUGGAGCUGAUUGGCCGAGGACGCUAUGGCUCAGUGUACAAGGGCUCUCUGGAUGAACGACCAGUGGCUGUGAAAGUCUUUACCUACGCGAACCGGCAGAACUUUGUGAAUGAACGUGCAAUUUACCGGAUCCCCCUGCUGGAGCACGACAAUAUAGCACGCUUCAUCGUGGGCGACGAGCGGCUGACGACGGAUGGGCGGAUGGAGUACCUGCUGGUGAUGGAGUACUAUCCACACGGCUCUCUGUGUCGGUACCUGAGUCUCCAUACCCUGGACUGGGUCAGCUGCUGCCGUCUCGCCCACUCGGUCACCAGAGGACUGGCCUACCUGCACACAGAGCUGCUGAGAGGAGAUUUAUAUAAACCUGCGGUGUCACACCGAGACCUGAACAGCAGAAACGUUCUGGUGAAGAACGACGGCACCUGUGUAAUCAGUGACUUUGGCCUGUCUAUGAAACUGACGGGAAAUCGACUUGUUCGCCCUGGAGAGGAGGAGAACGCUGCCAUUAGUGAGGUGGGAACGAUUCGCUACAUGGCUCCAGAGGUGCUGGAGGGGGCAGUGAACCUGCGGGACUGUGAGUCUGCUCUAAAGCAGGUGGAUAUGUAUGCUAUUGGCCUGAUCUACUGGGAAACCUUCAUGCGGUGUACAGACCUUUUCCCAGGGGAGACGGUACCAGAGUACCAGAUGGCUUUCCAGGCGGAGGCAGGGAACCACCCGUCUUUCGAGGAUAUGCAGGUGCUGGUGUCCCGAGAGAAACAGAGACCAAAGUUCCCCGAGGCCUGGAAGGAGAACAGCCUGGCAGUGCGUUCUCUGAAAGAGACGAUGGAGGACUGCUGGGAUCAGGAUGCAGAGGCUCGUCUGACGGCUCAGUGCGCAGAGGAGCGCAUGGCCGAGCUGCUUCUUAUCUGGGACAGGAACAAAUCCGUCAGCCCUACAGUCAACCCAAUGAGCACAGCACUUCAAAAUGAGAGGAAUCUCACCCACAGCCGCAGGGUUCCUAAGAUGGGCCCUUACCCUGACUACUCCUCCUCUUCUUACAUCGAGGACCACGAAGGCAUGGUAAAGAAUCUUCCCGGAGACGUGUCCACCUCAGGCACUUCCUCGGUAAGCGGCAUGGGCGUGAGCGGCAUCAGCACAGGCACAGCGGGCCCUGGAGAGAAGAACAGGAACUCCAUAAACUACGAGAGGCAGCAGGCCCAAGCACAGGCUCGGCUCCCGAGCCCAGAGACCAGCGGAGCUAGUCUCUCAACAACCACCACCACCACAGGCCUCACCCCCAGCACAAUCAUGACCACCAUCUCCGAACUGGGCCACUCUGAGGAAGCCAGUGCGGGGAGCAGUGUUCCUGUGUGCCUGCAGCUGACGGAGGAAGACCUGGAAACCACCAAGCUGGACCCUAAGGAGGUGGAUAAGAACCUGAAGGAGAGUUCUGAUGAGAAUCUCAUGGAGCAUUCUCAGAAACAGUUCAGUGCUCCUGACCCACUUAGCUCAGGCAGCUCCAGCCUGCUUUACCCUUUUAUAAAGCUGGCGGCGGAGGUGACCGGAGGAGCUGGUGGUGGAACGCAGGCAGAGUUUGGAGCGGGCAGCAGCGGAAUGGGUGAUGCCCCGCCGGCCAUGUUCCCCCUUCCUAAGCAGCAGAACCUUCCUAAGCGGCCCACCAGCUUGCCCCUCAACACCAAAAACCCUGGCAAGGAGUCCUCCUCGUCAUCUCGACUGAAGUUUGGCAAGCACAAGUCAAACCUGAAGCAGGUGGAGACGGGCGUGGCCAAGAUGAACACGGUGGCGGCUGUGGAGCCUCAUCUGGUCACUCUUACCAACAACGGGCCUGUGGUGCGGAGCGGAGUUGGGGUGGUAGUGGUUAACGGUUACGUUAACGGAUCCUCAGGGCCGUUCGGAACGACAAACCCUGCAGGGCCACAGGGUGAGGGAGGGGCCCCGCUGCUCCAGAGUCAGCUCAGUGGAGAAGACAGCCGCCUCAACAUCAACAUCAACUCCAGCCCAGACGAGCACGAGCCUCUGCUGAGGAGAGAGCAACCUGCUGCCCGUGACCACACGGGCCGCACCAACUCCAACAACAAUAACAGCAACAUCCGCACUGCUGCUCUUGUUCCUGCUCCUGCUGUAGCUCCUCCUCCUGCUGCAGCUGCCCCACCCUCAGAGCAACCAGCCCCGCCCUCAGUGCCACAAUUGAAGGAGGAAGUUCCCUUAAGGCAGCCCAAGCCCAGGAGACCUGAGCGACCCAACUCUCUGGACCUGUCCUCCACCUCGCAGGAUUCCUCUCUGUCCAGUGAGGGCUCAUCACAGGAGGGGAAAGCCGGGUCGGGCGAGAAGAUAAAGAGACGCGUGAAGACGCCGUACUCCUUGAAGCGGUGGCGCCCCUCCACAUGGGUCAUCUCCACGGAUACGCUGGAUGGCGAGGUAAACAACAACGGGGCAGGCGGGCGGCAGGGCGUGUCAGGAGCCACCCGCUCCAAAUCCAGCACCGCCGUGUUCCUGGUGGGAGGAGGAACUGCCACGGCUACUCUCCCCUCUGACCCACCUGGCAUGACCUGCCUGUGAACUCCUGAAGUUUCGAACCCUGCUGAGAAAGGGCCUGGGUCAGCGUGUGUGUACUGGAGGCUUUGGCAGCAUGUUGAUAUUUUUGUUUCCCAAGAUCCUGAGAUUUAAAAUCCAGUAAGAGAAAGUGUGAGAGGAGGAAAAAAAACAAAAACAGAAAUAAAAGACACAGUUCUACAGUUCCUGGAGCGCAGACUCUCAGACGUGAUUCUCGAGCACUUAACAUCGUAAUAUUGAACUUCUCCUUUUCCUUGACUUUCUUUGAAGAAAUCGCUUUAAACCGUACCCAGCUAUGCAGCAACAUUGGCUUAAAAUGCUUCCAUUAUUUUUGUUGUUCCAUUUUAAAUCAAAGUAUGAUUGUACGUAUGGCUGUUUGAUUCUUUCUCUUUCUUUUUAUUCGUUUAUUUGUUGCACUUUUUUUACGAGUAAUCUUAAUCACACACUUCAAUCUGUUUGCUUUGACCAUGCUUAAGGCUGGUCUUAAAACAAACAAAAAAAAACGAAAAAAGAAAAGAAAGAAAAGAAAUGAAUCGAAAAUGACAAUGUGUUGAUUUAACAAUCAUGCUAGACUGCUCUCUUAUGGAUUUAAAUGAAAUCUAGUCCAUAUAAAAAGUCACUAAGAGUCUCUAAGACAUCAUUGACUGCAGUCACAUUUGUUAGACAUUUUUUAUACGUAGUAAAGUCAUAUGUUUUUUUGUUUUGUUUGUUGGUUUGUUUGUUUUUUUGUAUGUAAUAUGUAAUAUCUAUGUAUCCCCCUGUUUUUUUUUUUUAUUACAUUUUGAAAUGUGCAAUAGGCUUUAGCUUUGAGGUGCUCUUUAAGACUUAUGUUCUAUAUAUUUUUGCAGCAUUUUUUUUUGUUUUUUUUUAAUAAUAUUGUCGACUAAAUGGUGCACUUACCAGCAACCUUGUGUUCGUACAAGCACCCCCUUCCAUGUUCGGUGGAUUUAAGCAGCAUCUCUUAUGGAUGACAAUCCUUUAACCUUCUUCUUAUCAAUCCCAUCAGAGAACCUGAGAAGGAGAAGAAAAGUAAAAAAAAAAAACAAUCAGAAGAAACAUAGGGGGUGUCUAAUCUUCCUGUUUGUUUGCUUGUUUGUUUGUUUGUUUAUUUGUUAGUUUCUUUUUAUUAUCUUUAAUUUGAGUGUUGGAAAAGUGCACGGAAGAGUGCUGAAAGAGCUUUGUACACUUUUAAAGGACAGAGGAGGAUUGUUUUCGGUUCUGUUACAGUUUGGAUCUGGAUCUGUGGAAUGAUGUUCUCGUUCUCCCUUGUCAGCAGACACGACACGACACUCGAGUGUGUACCUGUAUACUUCUCGUAUACGACACUGUGUCACAUGGUUUGUUUUGCGGAGAGGUGGACUGGUCCUCUUCUGCAUGCUGCAGCAGUGUGGAAUGACAGUCAUGUGUCUGUAUGUCUGUGUGUCUGUGUGACCGUAUGGGGAGUCUUCAGAGUGCAUCUACAGCAACAACAGUCUAAUAAUGCACAGCUAUCUCUCUCUCUCUCUCACUUUCUCUCUCUCCUCUUUUCUCUCUCUCUCUUUCUCCCUCUCCUCUUUUCUCUCUCUCUCUUUCUCCCUCAGUUUCGUUUGAUUAAUGUGUGUAUAUCUGCAUAAGAGUAUGUGUACGAGUGCCUGAGAGAAGUCGUGGCAUUGGAUUUCACACUUCUGCUGAAAAGAAAAGCUCUCUGCUUUACUCUCAGCUCCCUGGAGCACAGCUACGGAAGAGAGAGUGGACUAGUCAAGUCAAGUGGCUUUAGGUCAAGUGUUGCUCUUUCUCUUCGUUCAUUCCACGACGUUUCACAGUCCGCACCGCCAUCAGCAGCACUACAUGCGUACGUGUGUGUGUGUAUGUACUUCAAAUGUAAUUUAUACGUCAUGCUACACUACAUAGACCUGGAAGCUAUCGAUGUAUACAUUAAUAUUGUGCAUAUUUACAGCUACUUCUGUUCUUCUGUUUUUUUUUUGUUUGUUUUUUUUUUCAUGAGAGAAAACGAGGCAAAAGGAUUUGAUUGGGCUUGUAUGUAUCAGACUAAGAGGUUUAAGAGGUCUGAGUGAUCAUGCUUUUCUUUAAUUCCUUAUGAGUACAGUCAUACUGAAAUUAUUGAAAUUAAAGGGAGGCUCACUCUCAAUAAAUCUCAUAAGCUGAUACAUACAGAGUCAUACUGGAGUCUCUAUUAUUAGCUGUUACUCCACAGUUGCUAGUUUUUGUUAGCUAAUCUUUAAUUUUUUUCCUUUUGUUCAUUUUAUUUUAUUUUUUUUUACGUAGUGCCAAGGGCCAAACCUCGACUCUGUACGUUCAGAACAUGUCUAAAGCUGUCAAUGCUGUUUUUUUUGUUUUGUUUUUUAUUGUUCUUCUAAUCAACUCAGUCUGUGAGAUGCUUUAUAACUGUGUAAAUCUGUCAUACUUGCAUUUUAUUUCCCCUGUAAUGUUCCCUUUUAAGUUUAUUGGCAGUUUAAGGGCUGCGGCUGCAUCCAUCCUCUCUCAUCCGUUCUUCUUGCAACUCAGUCAGCCCUUCAUUCAUGUUGAAGUGCAGUUUAAAAAAACAAAAAAAACACUAAGAUGUCUGUCACAAACACAAAACUAAAAUCUUAAUAUAGAAUCCUAAUGUUUUAUUAGCAUUGCAUUGCAUCCCGGCUCAUCGUUUUAAAACCAUCCUCAUUCUAAAUGGCUUUGUAGUGAAGAGGGCAGUUGAUGCGUACACCAGCUAAAUUUCUUCCCGUGCCACAAUUACGGCCUGUGGAGUCGGAUGAUGCUCUGAAAGCUGGGGCACUGCUAUAAACUCCAGGCCUCUGAGCCAUUCAAAUAAUUACAUAUUGCUGCUUCAUGAUGGAAAACUGAAUCUGUGUGUAUUGCACACAAGCAAAGCAAAGCAUCCCCCUAAUACAGAUUACCAGUAAUUCAGAUACCCUAUAAAAUAUAUAAGCAUAAUCAUGUACUCUUGGCAAAUUACAGUGAUGCUAUUAAGGACAUGAGGAAAUAAAUGUAUAUCAACCCACAUCCCAUGGAUUUUCAUGGCCAAGACAGCUAAUCAAAUAAAAUUAAACAAUUUGACAUUAUAACUGAAAACAUCUGAAGAAAUGUGAUGCAAUCAGUUGGUGUGAAACUCGUACUUUUCUCUGUACCGGUAUGUAUGAUGUAAAAUAGGCUCACCGACAUGGUGUAAAUAUAUCUGUAUAGAAGUGCGGUCGCCUGCACAUAUACAGAAGACUCAACUGUUGCUAUGGGACCAAGAACAAUGCUACAAACAACACUGUGAUAUUUAUCUCUAGAUUAAAUAGCACAGUUAUGCAAGCCAGAUCAGAGUUACAUGUUAUAUAUAAGGUGGUAUUUACUCAAUAUAAUAAUACACAUAUAAUGUUCAUCUCUAGAGCCAAACUGAAGGAAAUACAAUGAUUAUUACCCAUAGACAAAAUUCUCAACAAAAUAAAGGCACUACAAGAGUGAAGCCAUGAUAGAACAUGUUUUCAUGUUUCUAUGGCAUUUAACCUUUUGUUGCUCCUUUAUUUUUUGUGUGAAUUCAAAUUCAUACAUUUUAGAGUCUCUUGAUUUUAAACUGAAGAUUUUGGACAUAAAAGAGGAAUAAUAUUUUAAGGGUGAGUUAAGGGUGUGUCCCAAUUGUGUACUAUUACUAAUGCUAAUAAGUUUUGUGUAAAAUAUAUAGCUAUAGUAUACUGUAGAUAAAAGUGUAAAAGUUGAUCAUUCUCAAUUACCCAAGAUACAAACCUGCGCACUUAUGCUACACACACACACUAAGGAAAUGGAACAAUACUACAGAUAACAUAUAUAAUAGAUAACAAUGCAAUAGCAGCAUAUGUUAGUAUAGCUAAAUAAAACGGUUCAUAUCUUCCUGUUCAUACAAAACAAGUUUGUAUAUUAAUGUUACUUGUACUAAUUUGACAAACCCACAAUAUUGAUUUUAGUAUACAGCUGUGGGAAAAAAAUGAGAGAACACUUCAGUUUCUGAAUCAGUUUCUCUGAUUUUGCUAUUUAUAGGUAUAUGUUUAGGUAAAAUGAACAUUGUUGUUUUAUUCUAUAAACCAUAAACAACAUUUCUCCCAAAUUCCAAAUAAAAAUAUUGUCAUUUAGAGCAUUUAUUUACAGAAAAUGAGAAAUGUCUGAAAUAAAAAAAGAUGCAGAGCUUUCAGACCUCAAAUAAUGCAAAGAAAUCAAGUUCAUAUUCAUAAAGUUAUAAGAGUUCAGAAAUCAAUAUUUGGUGGAAUAACCCUGGAUUUUAGUCACAGCUUUAAUGCAUCUUGGCAUGUUUUCCUCCAUCAGUCUUACACACUGCUUUUAAAUAACUUUAUAUCACUCCUGGUGCAAAAAAAUCAAGCAGUUCAGCUUGGUUUGAUGGCGUAUGAUCAUCAAUUUUCCUCUUGAUUAUUUUCCAGAGGUUUUUAAUUUAGUUAAAAUCAAAGAAACUCAUAAUUUUUAAGUGGUCUCUUAUUUUGUUCCUAGGCUGUAUAUUAAAUACCUUAUAGUAUUAGGCAGAAGUAUGCAAUUGGGAUGCAGCCAAAGACUCCUUUUAGCUUCAUAACAGUUAUUGUCAAUUCUUACUCCAUUGACCUUCUCUAUUGUUGUGGUAAACCCUCCAUCUAAGCUUAGUUUACCAAGGUUAAGUGCUUUGCUGAAUUUUAAACCCUUCAUUCUUAAACCAUGUGCUGUUCUGUCUUCUAGAUCAAACAUGAUGGCAGCCUUUGGUGACAAAUUUGUCACAUGGCUUGAACAUGGGCCUGGUUAUAACAUGAGAUCGAAGUGAAAGUCGGCCACAUUGUUUUCUGACACAAUCAUGCAAUCAUGUCUCUUUAAAUACGCCCCAAUCAUAUCACCUAAAUGUGAAACUUAAUAUGCAAUUCAGUAAAAGAACUCUAAAUAUGCAUUUCAUACAGCCCCGAAACUGCCAGUUCCACUGAAAGCAAAAAAAAUGCAAGUUCAUUCAUAAUCCCAAAACCACUGCACCUCUUUUCAAAUCCAGGCAUGCCUCCGAAUGCCCACGCCAAACUGGCAAAGUUUAGCUGGACGAGCGGAGUGUCAACUUAAAAUCCUGGAGAUCCAAGAAUAAUAGUUAAUUUUUUUUGUGUGUGUUAAUGUGUGUGUGUGUCUGGGUGUCUGGAUGUCUGUGUGUGUGUGUGUGUGUGUGUGUGUGAGCGAAAGGUAUUUGUUCAUGAUGAGCUGCUUUUCUUUUUUCCUUUCAAUCCAUUGAAUUCAUACUGAUGCUGAAGGCUCCAUUCAGAUCUGUGGCCCCUGCAUAGUUGCUGAAAAAAGCCACUGAAAUGUUUUUCUAUUACAGCUUGUAAAGUAAGCGCUUUGAGAAAAGAACAAAUGAUUACUCAGUUUAGUCUACUCAGAAAGAUAUAUGUUUAAAUGCCAUUUAGAAAUAAAGCUUGCUGUACAACCCUGCAUUACUCAGUUGAUUAAAGAUUAUAUUAAUGACAA